GUUUCCCGAGUUGGAUGAUGGUUGACAAAAUUGGCUUAUCAUCAUCCCUCCCAAAUUUAGUCAGAGUUGAUAUAGAGGGGUGUCACAGAUGCAAACAUCUUCCAUUAUUUGAGCAACUUCAUUCUCUCCAAUUUCUUCGUCUUUGGAAUAUGGAUUCUGUGGAGUACAUAAGCGACAGUAGUAGUGGCAGUGGCGGCGAGGAGUCACUCUCUUAUUCUUUACCUUUUUCUUCAUCUUCAUCCAGUGGAGGAGCAGCAACAAUAAGAUCAGAACCAACACCAAGACAAACAUUCUUCCCAUCGCUGAAAGAACUCCAUCUCUCCCAGUUGCCUAAUUUGAAGGGAUGGUGGAGGAGCGAAGCAACAGCGACAGCAACUUUACUGGACCAACAGCAACAGCAACAACAACAUUUGAAGAAGCUACCAUCAUUUCCUUCUCUUGCCAAAUUAACCAUCGGAUAUUGCCCUAAUCUGGCAUCAAUGCCUAUUCUGCAACCAUGUCUUGAAGAGCUACGUCUGCGUUGGGGUGUCAGCAAGGAGCUAGUAGAGCAACUGUUAACGAUGACAGUGUCCUCAACCCGAACAAUCUCUACGACAACAACAGAGACAGUCGCAUCAUCCUCUUCAUCUUCUUCGGUUCUUCCUCUGUCCAACUUAAAAUCUCUGUUUCUAGGGGAAAUUGAGGAUCUAGUUACUCUGCCGGUCGAGUGCAUAGGCAACCUCACAUCACUUGAACGACUUUCCAUUGAGGACUGCCCCAACUUGACAUCACUGCCUGAUGGGAUGCGUCAGCUCACUGCACUACAACAACUCACAAUUAGAUUGUGUCCCAACAUUUUAUAUGAUAGAUGCCAUAAAGAAACUGGGGAAGAUUGGCCAAACAUUGCUCACAUCCCAAAUGUUUAUAUUUCACUAUGGUAAUGACAUACAAGGAAAUGUCAAACAUUCAUAAUCGGCCAGCUUGACAAGGACAUAAUUGGAUUAGUUUUACAGCCUUCUUCUUCUUCCCAUUCAUAAUUGUGAGACAUCUUAUAUAUAUAUAUAAUUUGACCAACUUGUGAACUACUUACAUUUUUGCUGCCAUGGUAACUUAAUUGUUGAAAAAUGAACUGUCAUUCUCUUAAUUGUUAUCAACGGGCCAGUGGCCUAACGGUAUCAAUAUUUUACCUUCCAAAGGGAGGUUAGAGGUUCAAGUUUCAGAAGGGAUAAGUGUGCGUGAGUACCAAUUAGGAAAAAAAAAAAUUUGUUGGAAAAAAUUGUGUAAAAUUGCUCGAGGUAAAGAAAAAGAUCAGGAUAACUGUUUAAAUGCAGGGCUAAAUCACUUUCCUUAAAACAAUAUUUACUACAGUUUUCAUGGUAUGCAUUACCUUAUAACAACUUUACCUUUCGGAGUAGGAAGAAACAGGGUGGAAGCAGCCAAAAGGGUGAUUACAAAAACCAUCUGCAGGUAUACCCUGUAUUGGCUAUAUUUUGCAGUCGGGUAUCAUUUUAGUCUAUGCAUUCAUAUUUAUAAAUACUCUACAUACAUUUAGACUAUUAUUUAGCUUUUUUUAGGUCAUGUACUUGUGUAGCUCGUUGAAAUAUGUGAACAUUCAUAUGUCCAAACACUUCAUUAGUAGCAUCAUAUUUCUAACCAGACCCUGCAGUAGGGAGUUUUUGUUGACAAAGUUUACCAAUUUGCCUUUGGUGAUGAUAAUAUGGAGUCGAGCUCUGUGAGGUUAAGCACAUUUGAAGUGAAUUGUUUUCAACGUGAAAUAGUAAAAAAAGAAGGUUUAAUAUUUUCGUUUUAAACCAAUUCAUUCUAAUUUCGAUCCAUAACUUUUACCUAGUAUAGUAAUCUGUUUUUGCUAGUUACCGACAUUCAAUUGAUAGAGAAACACAUACUUGAAAUCAAGUAAGAUAUAAAAUAUUUCUUUCUCCAUUUCUCUUCUAAAAAUGAAUACAAAUCCUACAUCAAGCUCAUUUCUAACCCAAUCAAGAUAAUUAAUUAGCCCAAUACCAUUCAAUUGUUUCAGUGUUAAACCGAUCCAACUAAUUUUCUACAGCAAGAAAUUUCUGAAACAAUUCUCUACAGCAAUCCUGAAGAAGUUGGGUUCCUCCAAGAGAUUGGACUUGUGUCUGGUGUUAACGAUGAACUUUACAAACUUAAAAACACAAUUUUUUCUCAAGCUUAAACCAACUUGCUUUCAGUAGCAAGAUGGGUCAUGAGAUUAAGGCCAUUAGUAGAGACUAGAUGCAAUUGCACAAGACAAGAAUAAAUUUCACCUCAUUCAUUGAACGCCCUGUACAGAAUCUUAAGAGGGAGGAGAAUUAAUACAAAUCCUACAUCAACCCCAAUUAUAUAUAGAAUUAAUACAAAUCUUACAUCAACCCCAAUUCCUAGCCUAAUUAAAUAGCCCAAUACCAUUAGAUUUCCUUUCUCAGCUCUAGCCCUAACCCUAGCUGUAACUUGGGCGGGCUAACCCAACCCAAAAAUUAUAAAAUUUGGGCUUGUAAAUUCACAAAUCAGGCUCAAAUUAAAUUGAGUUUUCUCAAAACCUAGGCAUGUUGGGCUCGGGCUCAACCGAACCGAACCCAACUCAACCCAAAAUAAAAUAAAAAAAACUUAAGAAAUUUUUUUGUGGUCUUUCUUCUCUCUCCUCUCUCUUCUCUCUUCUUUCUCUCUCUUCUUUUCAUUUUCCCAUCAUUUUUUUUCUUCUUACAGGCGAAGGAGGGAGAGAAAGCGUACGUUCAAGAAACAAUAUUGUAAUAUUUUGAGGUCUCAAGCAAGAGUUCAAUAUACUGAGUGGUUUUAAAUCAUUGUUUUUUUUUUUAUUUUUUUAUUGGGGUAGGAGGUUUUUUCUUUCAGCCCACCAGGCACGGGAUAAAGGUGUAUCAAAACCCAAAUAUGGUGUUUUAGGAAUGGGAUUUUUUUUUUCGUGUCUUGAAUCUUUGUAGUCGUGCUCUCAACGAUAUUUAUCUAUGAAUAUAAAAAUUAGUGACGGAUUUAGAAAAUUUUGUGAAGAGUGGCGGCCUUUUAAUUUGUGGGUACAAAAUUAUAUAAUGGAUCCAUUUUUAUAAUUUUAAUAAAGUUUUUUUUCAAAAAUUUAAAGUAUAAAAUGAAAAAAAAAAAUUAGUGGGGUAAAUUAUAAUUCUAGUGGGGACAUCUUCAUAAAUUAUCAAAAAUUUGAAAUAUAAAAUGCUAAAACAUUUAGGGGGACAUUUUCAUAAAUUGUAAAACAUUUAGGAUAUAAAAUGAAAAUAUUAAAAAUUUAGGGGGGCUGAUGAUAAUAACACCAAUAACCAAAAAUAAAAAUAAAAAAAUAAAAAUCCAUUGGUUUGUCUGGUUAUUUUUUUUCUGCCAUUUUACUUCUUUCUUUAUUUAUAUGAAGCAAUCAAAUCCACACUUUACUACUGCUAACGGUAAUUCUUAAAAUGCCUUCCUAGUUACGGUCACUAACCAUUUGGUGCUCAUUCAGAUGGUGUUUCAUCAACCGAUAAUUUACUUGCCGAACAAGAUUUUCAAAAUUCAAAAAGAGCCAUGUCCCACAAUAUCUUUAUAAAUCAUUUCUCAAAAAAGACCCCUAGCCUACUUUGCCAUUUAUUAUUUUGGUUAAUUGUUUUUUUAUUUCAUACUAUUGUAACG